CGCUCCCACCAGCAACACCAACGAAACCCAGAAAUUCGGCCUGUUGCCGAUAUAAUGGGUCGGGUCUCGUUCACCGAAGAUACAAAGCUGCCCCAGGAGACCCAGAUUGAACAAGAGCAAACUUCAGUGUUUGCUUAUCAGGAUGGCCCGGAGAACAAGUCUUGGGCGGGCGCCCUGCCAUUGAAGCAGGGUCUGUACGACCCAGAGCUGGAAAAGGAUGCUUGCGGUGUCGGCUUUGCUGCCCACAUAAAGGGCAAGGCCAGCCACAAAAUUGUCUCUGAUGCACGGUCAUUGCUAUGUAACAUGACCCAUCGUGGAGCCGUUGGCUCAGACGCACGAGACGGUGACGGUGCAGGUGUCAUGACCUCCAUCCCCCACCGAUUCUUCCUCAAGGAGUUCGAGCGCGAACAAGGCUACAAGCUGCCCAAGCUUGGCCAGUACGCUACUGGCAACCUGUUCUUCAAGCCCGAUUCUACCAUCUUGGAUGAGACCAAGGCUAUGUUUGAGGAUGUUGCAGACCAGCUCGACCUGAGAGUGCUCGGGUGGCGGGCGGUGCCACGUGACUCCACACUUCUCGGUCCUGCGGCGUUUUCACGAGAGCCCAUCAUUCUUCAGCCAUUUGUUGUGCUGAAGUCAGCCUACGGCGACGGCCGAGAGCCCAAGGCUGAUUUCCAGGAAAAGUACGACAAUGCAUACUUUGAGCGACAGCUGUAUGUCAUGCGAAAGCGGGCUACACACGUCAUUGGCCUGCACAACUGGUUCUACAUUUGCUCUCUGAGCAACAAGAACAUUGUUUACAAGGGCCAGCUCUCUCCUGUGCAGGUUUAUGAGUACUACCACGACCUGCUCAAUGUUGACUACGAGGGUCACUUUGCCUUGGUGCACUCGCGUUUUUCCACCAACACAUUCCCCAGUUGGGACCGUGCACAGCCUCUGCGAUGGGCGGCUCACAACGGUGAGAUCAACACCCUGCGAGGAAACAAGAACUGGAUGCGAGCACGCGAGGGUGUCAUGAAGUCCAGCCUCUUCGGCGAGGAGCUUGACCUGCUCUACCCAAUUGUCGAGGACGGUGGUUCCGACUCGGCAGCUUUUGACAACGUGCUUGAGCUGCUGACCAUCAACGGCGUCCUGUCUCUCCCAGAAGCAGUCAUGCUCAUGGUACCAGAGGCAUGGCAGGGCAACUCCACCAUGGAUCCCGCCAAGCAGGCUUUCUACGAGUGGGCGGCGUGCAUGAUGGAGCCUUGGGAUGGUCCUGCACUCUUCACCUUCUCGGACGGGCGGUACUGCGGUGCCAAUCUUGACCGAAACGGUCUUCGACCUUGCCGUUACUACAUUACCGAUGACGACCGCAUCGUUUGCGCGUCUGAAGUUGGUACCAUCUCCAUUGAGCCUGAGCGAGUUGUUCAAAAGGGCCGUCUGCAGCCCGGCAGAAUGUUGCUCGUCGACACUGUCGCUGGUCGAAUUGUCGAUGACGCCGAGCUGAAGCGGACCGUUUCACAGCGCAACGACUUCCGAAGAUGGAUCGACAAGAAUCUCUUGACUCUGCCCAAGGUUGUCCAGUCUGUUAGCGACAAGGGAGUCGACCUUUCCCAUGCGCUCACCGAGACCAAGCUUCACGAGGACCCUCGUCUGCGAGCAUUUGGCUACUCUCUUGAGCAAGUCAGUUUGCUUCUUGGACCCAUGGCUGCCGAUUCCAAGGAGGCUCUUGGAUCCAUGGGCAACGAUGCUCCUCUUGCGUGCUUGGCCACACAACCUCGCCUGCUGUACGAGUACUUCCGUCAGCUUUUCGCUCAGGUCACAAACCCUCCCAUCGACCCGAUUCGUGAAGCCAUUGUCAUGUCGCUCGAGGCCUAUGUUGGUCCUCAGGGCAACCUUUUGGAGAUGGACGAGUCGCAGUGCGGUCGUCUGCUUUUGCCAUCCCCCAUCUUGACUCUGGAAGAGUUCAAGGCCAUGAACAAUACCCACAAAAUCAACCGCGACUGGACGGUCAAGACCAUUGACAUUACAUUCCCCAAGAGCGAGGGUAUCGAUGGCUACAUGAAUGCUCUUGACCGCAUUUGUGAAGCAGCCACAGAGGGCAUUCAGGCCGGUGACAACAUCCUUGUCCUGACCGAUCGUGCAACCUCUGCUGAUCGUGUUGCUGUAUCUGCUUGCUUGGCGACUGGUAUGGUUCACCACCACCUUGUCCGCAACAAGUGGCGUUCCAACGCUGCUCUUGUUGUCGAGACUGGCGAGGCUCGCGAGGUCCACCACAUGUGCGUUCUUGUCGGAUACGGUGCGGAUGCCAUCUGCCCCUACCUUGCCAUUGAGUGCAUCCUGAAGAUGCACCGCGAGGGCCUUAUUCGCAAGGCCAUGGCUCCCGAGAAGCUCAUUGACAACUACAAGCAUUCUUGCGACGGUGGUAUCCUCAAAGUCAUGAGCAAGAUGGGUAUCUCGACACUUCAAUCCUACAAGGGUGCCCAGAUUUUUGAAGCUCUCGGUUUGGAUGACUCGGUUGUCGACCGCUGCUUCACUGGAACUGCCUCGCGUAUCAAGGGUAUGACCUUUGAGCUGAUCGCCGCUGACGCCUUUGCUCUCCACGAAAAGGGCUACCCAACACGCCCCAUCGUCGAGGUACCUGGCCUUUCUGAGACUGGCGAGUACCAUUGGCGUGACGGAGGUGAACCUCACGUCAACGACCCUACUGCCAUGGCCAACAUCCAGGACGCCGUCCGCACCAAGAACGACAAGUCAUACGAAGCCUACUCCAUUGCCGAGUACGAGCGAAUCAAGGACUGCACCCUCCGUGGGCUCCUCGACUUCAACUUUGAUGACCGCGCUCCCAUUCCCAUCGACCAAGUCGAGCCAUGGACUGAUAUUGUGCGCCGUUUCGUCACUGGUGCCAUGUCGUACGGAUCCAUCUCCAUGGAAUCGCACUCGACUCUUGCCGUAGCCAUGAACCGUCUUGGUGGAAAAUCAAACACUGGCGAGGGUGGUGAGGAUCCUGAGCGCAGUCUGCGCAUGGAGAACGGUGAUACCAUGCGCUCUGCUAUCAAGCAGAUUGCGUCCGGACGUUUUGGUGUCACCGCCAACUACCUUGCCGACGCCGAUGAACUCCAGAUCAAGAUGGCACAAGGAGCCAAGCCCGGAGAGGGCGGUGAGCUUCCCGGCCACAAGGUCUCUCAAUCCAUUGCCAAGACGCGUCAUUCCACUCCUGGUGUCGGUCUCAUCAGUCCUCCGCCGCACCACGACAUCUACUCCAUCGAGGACCUGAAGCAACUCAUCUACGACCUCAAAUGCUCCAACCCUCGCGCCCGCAUCUCUGUCAAGCUCGUCUCCGAGACUGGUGUUGGCAUUGUUGCGUCCGGUGUUGCCAAGGCCAAGGCUGAUCACAUCCUUAUUUCGGGUCACGAUGGUGGCACAGGUGCUUCCCGAUGGACGGGAAUCAAAUACGCCGGUCUUCCAUGGGAGUUGGGUCUCGCUGAGACUCAUCAGACGCUUGUUCUGAAUGAUCUGCGUGGUCGUGUUAUCGUUCAGACGGAUGGUCAGCUGAGGACUGGACGCGAUGUCGCUAUCGCUUGUCUGCUUGGAGCUGAAGAAUGGGGUUUCGCUACCACUCCUUUGAUCGCUAUGGGCUGUAUUAUGAUGCGUAAGUGUCAUUUGAACACUUGUCCUGUGGGCAUUGCUACUCAAGAUCCGGAGUUGAGGAAGAAAUUCACGGGCACCCCAGAGCACGUGAUCAACUUCUUCUACUACGUAGCGAACGAGCUCAGGGCAAUCAUGGCAAAACUCGGUUUCCGCACCAUCAACGACAUGGUCGGUCGCUGCGAAGUUCUUCGCAUUCGCGAUGAUCUUCGCACUGCAAAGACGGAGAAUAUCGAUCUUUCACUGAUCUUGACUCCGGCCCACACCCUGCGUCCGGGAGUCGCCACCUUCAACGUCCGCAAGCAGGACCACCGACUUCACGUCCGUCUGGAUAACAAGCUCAUUGCUGAGUCUGAACUUGCUCUGGAGAGGGGCCUUCCUGCGCGCAUUGAGUGCGAUGUUGUCAACACCGAUCGCGCACUGGGCGCUACUCUCUCCUAUCACAUCAGUAAGCGCUAUGGCGAGGCCGGUCUGCCCCAGGAUACCAUUCACGUCAACAUCCGUGGAUCCGCUGGACAGUCCUUCGGUGCCUACCUGGCACCUGGUGUUACUCUCGAACUUGAGGGUGAUGCUAACGACUAUGUUGGCAAGGGUCUUUCUGGAGGUCGCUUGAUCAUCUACCCCCCACGCAACGCCGUCUACCGUGCUGAAGAAAACGUCCUGAUCGGUAACGUCUGCUUGUACGGAGCCACCCGCGGUACCUGCUUCUUCAGAGGUAUCGCUGCCGAGCGCUUCUGCGUUCGUAACUCCGGUGUUACGGCGGUUGUUGAGGGCGUCGGCGACCACGGCUGUGAGUACAUGACUGGUGGCCGUGUCCUUGUUCUCGGUUCAACAGGUCGCAACUUUGCUGCUGGUAUGUCCGGAGGUAUUGCUUACGUUCUGGACAUCCACAAGGACUUUGAGCAAAAGGUCAACCAAGAGAUGGUCGAGCUAUCCGGAAUCGAGGAGCCAGAGGAGAUUGCCUUUGUGCGAGGCCUCAUCGAGGACCACCACCACUACACGGGAUCUGAGCUUGCGGCACGCAUUCUUCUUGACUUCACUCGCGCUCUGUCACGUUUCGUCAAGGUCAUGCCCGUUGACUACAAGCGUGUUCUCUUGGAGGAGAAGGCCAAGGCUGCCGAGAAGAAGAGGAAUGAGUACCCUCUUGCUCUUCUUGCUGGCAACCAUGUCCGCAACGCUCACGAGGAGUCUCGCAACAAGGAAGCCGAUGCCGAGGCCAAGAAGAAGAAGAAGAGAGACCUCUUGGACAUUGAAGAGAGCGUCACUGAUGCCAAGGCUGAAAAGAAGAAGGCGCUUGUUCUCGACAAGACGCGCGGUUUCAUGAAGUACCAGCGCCGCUCUGAGAAAUACCGUAACCCCAAGACCCGAACACGUGACUGGGCAGAGUUGAGCCAGCGCCUCAACGAGGACGAACUCAAGUACCAGACCGCUCGUUGCAUGGACUGUGGUGUUCCCUUCUGCCAAUCCGACACUGGUUGCCCAAUCUCCAACAUCAUCCCCAAGUGGAACGAAUUGGUCUUUAGGGGACAAUGGCGCGACGCUCUGAACCGUCUUCUCAUGACCAACAACUUCCCCGAGUUCACUGGUCGUGUUUGCCCUGCUCCUUGCGAAGGAGCCUGCGUUCUUGGUAUCAGCGAGGACCCUGUCGGUAUCAAGUCCAUCGAGUGUGCCAUCAUUGACCGUGGUUUCGAAAUGGGCUGGAUGAUCCCUUCGCCACCCCAGGUCCGCUCUGGCAAGACAGUUGCCAUCAUCGGUUCCGGUCCUGCUGGUCUGGCUUGUGCUGAUCAGCUCAACAAGGCCGGCCACACUGUCACUGUCUUUGAGCGUGCUGACCGUGUUGGUGGUCUCCUCAUGUACGGUAUUCCCAACAUGAAGCUUGACAAGAAGGUUGUGCAGCGCCGUGUCGAUUUCAUGGCUGCCGAGGGCAUCAACUUCAAGACUGGUGUUACUGUCGGAGAAGACGGGCAGCCCAACCUGGAGUCACUCCGUAAAGACUUCGAUGCGGUCGUCUUCGCCACGGGUGCCACUGUCGCCCGUGACCUGCCCAUUCCCAACCGCAACCUGGAGGGCAUUCACUUCGCCAUGCAGUUCCUGCACAAGAACACCAAGUCGCUCCUCGACUCUGAGCUGGCUGACAACGCCUACAUCUCGGCCAAGGACAAGCAUGUUGUUGUCAUUGGUGGUGGUGACACUGGUAACGACUGCAUUGGUACUUCUGUCCGCCAUGGUGCCAAGUCGGUCGUAAACUUUGAGCUGCUGCCCCAGCCUCCGGCAGAGCGUGCUCGCGACAACCCAUGGCCCCAGUGGCCCCGCAUCUUCCGCACAGACUAUGGCCACAACGAAGUCAAGACUCACAUGGGCAAGGAUCCACGUGAGUACUGUGUCAUGUCCAAGGAGUUUGUCGAUGACGGCAACGGCAAGGUCAAGGGCAUCAACACCAUCCGUGUUGAGUGGACCAAAUCAGCCUCUGGCGGUUGGGACAUGAAGCACGUUGACGGCAGUGAGCAAUUCUUCCCCGCAGACCUCGUCCUGCUUUCCAUGGGUUUCCUGGGCCCCGAGCAGCGCGUCAUGAGCGACGUAGUCGAGCUUGAUGGCCGCAAGAACAUCAAGACUCCCCCGGGCCACUACAACACCAACCUCCCCGGCGUCUUCGCUGCCGGUGACUGCCGCCGUGGCCAGUCCCUCAUUGUCUGGGGCAUCAACGAGGGUCGCCAAUGUGCCCGCGAUGUCGAUUCCUUCCUCACCGGCUAUGGUACCUCGCUGCCCGUCACCGGUGGUAUCGUCAAGCGCCCACCCUACGAGGCCAUGCUCAAAGCCUCUACAGGACACAAGGAGCAACUGACUACCGUUGCCGCAUAGAAGAAGACGCAGAAGUAGUAGCUGCUAUUACUUGUGUAAAACAACCUUUGUAUGAGUACAAGGUUAAACGAUAAAAAAAAGACGGUGUUUUAGGAGGGUACAUGGGUGCAAUUUUUCUUUGGCGUUUCUUGCGAGUCUAUAACAGCAUUUUUUCACUCUCGUUUACUUUACUUUUACCUGCACGAUACCUUUUUCAGUAUGCGGAGUCAGCUGGGGCCGGCACUUGCAGUGUAUAAUGGUUUUCCUUUUCUUGGUUGUGUUAGUUUUGCGUUUUCAUUCGACGAAUUUGUGUAAAUAUGUGAAAACUAUUAUGAAUAUGAAUAUGAAUAUGAAUA